GUUUCUUGGACAUCCCAUCAAAGACGCUGUAGUCACAGUCCCUGCUUAUUUUAAUGAUUCCCAGCGUCAGGCAACAAAGGAUUCAGGUGCCAUUGCGGGUCUGAACGUGUUGCGUAUUAUUAAUGAACCUACAGCAGCAGCAAUUGCCUAUGGUUUAGAUAAAAAGGGACAUGGUGAACGAAAUGUUCUAAUUUUCGAUCUGGGAGGUGGCACGUUCGAUGUAUCUAUACUAACUAUUGAGGAUGGAAUCUUUGAAGUGAAAUCAACUGCUGGAGACACUCAUCUUGGGGGCGAAGAUUUCGACAAUCGUAUGGUGAACCACUUUGUCGCAGAAUUUAAACGUAAACAUAAGAAGGACUUGGCCUCGAAUCCUCGUGCCCUUCGGCGGUUGCGUACUGCAUGUGAAAGAGCAAAACGGACGUUGUCCAGCUCGUCACAAGCAAGUAUCGAGAUCGAUUCACUGUUCGAGGGUAUCGACUUCUACACAAGUAUUACUCGUGCCCGUUUUGAAGAGCUCUGCGCAGAUUUGUUCCGCUCAACAAUGGAUCCAGUAGAAAAAGCUUUGCGUGAUGCAAAAAUGGAUAAGGCUCAAGUGCACGACAUUGUUCUAGUUGGUGGCUCUACUCGUAUUCCUAAAGUGCAGAAGUUACUUUCCGACUUUUUCUCUGGCAAAGAGUUGAAUAAGAGUAUUAAUCCCGAUGAAGCUGUUGCAUAUGGGGCAUCAGUUCAGGCAGCUAUUUUAUCUGGAGAUAAGUCUGAAGCUGUGCAGGAUCUUCUACUUCUAGAUGUCGCUCCUCUCUCCUUGGGAAUUGAAACUGCUGGCGGUGUAAUGACUGCCCUCAUUAAGCGUAAUACUACCAUCCCAACUAAAACGUCCCAAACCUUCACUACGUAUUCCGACAACCAGCCUGGUGUGUUGAUUCAGGUUUAUGAAGGUGAGCGAGCAAUGACUAAAGACAAUAAUCUGCUUGGUAAAUUCGAGUUGUCUGGAAUCCCACCUGCUCCCCGAGGUGUCCCUCAAAUUGAAGUAACGUUUGAUAUUGAUGCGAACGGUAUCCUGAAUGUAUCUGCUCAAGACAAAUCAACUGGCAAACAGAACAAGAUUACCAUUACGAAUGAUAAGGGCAGGCUGUCGAAGGAUGAAAUCGAGAGGAUGGUACAGGAAGCUGAGAAGUAUAAAGCAGAUGAUGAGGCCCAGAAAGAGCGUAUUUCAGCGAAGAACGCUCUUGAGUCGUAUGCAUUCAAUAUGAAACAAACCAUAGAGGAUGAGAAGCUCAAGGAUAAGAUUUCGGAGGAGGAUAAGAAAAAGAUUCAGGAUAAGUGUGAUGAGACCAUCAGGUGGCUGGAUGGCAAUCAAACGGCUGAGAAGGAAGAGUUCGAGCACCAUCAGAAAGAGUUAGAGGCUGUUUGCAAUCCAAUUGUAACCAGACUGUAUCAGAGUGGUGCAGGAAUGCCGGGAGGGAUGCCGGGUGGCAUGCCUGGCGGAACCCCAGGUGGUGGUGCUAAUAGUGGUGGGUCAGGAGGCGGGCCCACAAUUGAAGAAGUGGAUUAGGU